UCCAUCUGUUGGAGUAAACUAAAAACCAAACUUGGGAUUGGAAUUCCGCGUUACCCCUGCUAAAAGUUUGUUUAUAAUCAAAAUUAGCGGGGUUUCCUGUUUCAAGUCAUCAUAUUUCAAGUAUUUUUUCAUUCGUGAGUCAUACGAUAUCAUUUCAAUAACCAGCCUCUAGCAUUAUAACGAUGAAUGCACCUAAUGGCCGGGGCUCAGUGAUCGGCAAUUUCAGCUUUGAAGGAGAUUCGCUGCCUGAGUUUUCUGAAUUUGAAGACACACCUAGCGAAGUUUUUGCCUACAAGAACGAAAGGAAACUUUCAGAAGGAAAAAUGGCGCCUAUAACCGUUAUUGAAACAAUCACCAUUACCCGGCCUUUGAAGGUAAUAGCCUUCUUGUGCGGUGCCCUGGCUUUGGCCUUGUUGGUUAUGUCAUUAGCUUCGACUGAUUGGUUGCUAGCCCAUGGCUGGCGUCAAGGACUCUUUCUUCACUGUGUCGACGAGAUGGCCGAAAGACCCUUACCUUUUGGUCUGGAAGAAAAAGUCGGCUGCUACCGCGUUCGGGAUGAAUAUUAUAUUCAAUUUACUGCUGCUCUUUGUAUUUUGGCUUUAGCCACGGACGUUUUCGCUACUCUUCUCACAGGUUUGGGGCUGCAGAGUGGAGAUCCUCUAAAAAAGCGGAAGUACUACCGUUUGGCCAUCUCCGUCAUGCUGGCGUCACUGGUAUCAGCGCUGGUGGCCCUGGUUCUGUACCCGGUCUCUUUCGCACGUGAGUUACCUCAUGGUAACAGAUCCGUCUGGGAAUUUGGCUGGGCUUACGGAGUUGCUUGGGGUGCUGCAAUUUUCCUGUUUGGCGCCUCCGUCCUUCUCAUGUGUGACAAAGAGGCGGAGGAAGUUUACUACAAGGAACGCGAUGUCCACCUUGCCGAGAAAUCCGGCACCAACUGAAUGAAUACUUUUCCUACUAUUCUGAGUUCCCUCUCUCUCUCUCUCUCUCUCCUCACUUUUUUGCGUGUUGUGUGGUUUGCCUUCCCUUAAGUUACAUUCUAAUCUCAACACUUAUACUGUAUACAUAGGACUAGCGUUGUGUGCACUCUCCUUACGGUAGUCCAGCACUAGUUGCACUCGUUUGGUGGUACUCAUCACAUAACUUGAUAUUGUACUUGCUUUGAAGGAAAAUAAUGUUGAAAUGAAACCACUAAUCGUGUCGAUGAAGAAGAAGAGAUAUUUUACAAGUAAUAAGACAAUGAGACAUUGGAUUCUUUUUCAGUGAGUAACAUUUUUUUAAGACUCUCUGAACUGAAUCGCACGAUUGCGAGCGGCCUUGUCGUCUCCCUCCUUAAUGCCCACUUCCCUCCCACCCACCAAUUGUCGAAGGACAUAGGCUACACAAAACCCCGUUUGUUGUAGUACGAGUAAGGAAAUGUUCUGAUGCUGCUUGUCUCCCCAAAAAUUGCCCGUUUUCUCACGCGCCUCAUACUCUGGUGUAUGUGUGUACGAGUCGCAAUUCCCUUAUUCCCGACCCUCACUUUCUGUACGGGGUCGUUGUGUGCACGUUCCGGCCUAAAUUUAUUAAGAUUCCUUUCCCUCUGUCAAAUGGAAACCCAAAUAUUGUCGCAGUUAAGGAAGCCUUCAAUUUGUAAUCUGAAGGUUACAUCCCAUUUUCUGUCUGUCUCUAUUUCUCCUUUUUUUUUCUUCAUCUAAUCGCAUCUAGUCAGGGAAAAAAAAUUAAUAACGGUGUGUGACGACAAUUACCAUGUUGCAGCUAACCUCCAUAUUUUAAGGAAACAGUAUUUCAAUACUCUUUGCAUAGGAUAUUUAUACAAUUUUCUGUUUUUAGUUUUUUGUGUUUCUGGUGAAUUGGUAGAUAUUAAUUCGUGAGUGUGUCGUCAUCCGUGUCGGAUUACUAUAUGAUCAACUAUUCGUCCACGCACAGCUUUGACCAUCACACACACAUACACAAUCCCAGUCUCUUUCCCGCUCUGUCUCUCUUAAAUCUAUCUGGCUGUCAUUAUUUAUUAAUUUCUUCUUGAUAUCCUGCACCAAAAGCCUCUUUUCACCUUAUAUCUCAAUACAUUUGAACUGAUUUCUG